UUUGGAAAAUACUUUUGAGGGGAUUAGGUGUAAGACAAUCCAAUUAUAAGGAAGGAGAAAGUCAGCAAAAUAAGUGAAAACAGGAAUUUCCAUGUUAAACGUUUCAGAGUUAAUAGACAUAUAAAAGUGGUGCUCAUAACAGAUACGCAAGACGUGGCAGACUACAAAAGCUGUCCUCAUCAGAUAAACAAUAUUCAAAACUUUCAUCUUUGAGAGAGAGGAGAAAAUCAAGCUCCACUCUUAUUUUAGAAAAAAAAGUCACGGGUGUUUCUGUCCAUCCUUCCAAUGUGAGGCAACUAGGUGCAGUAGGUCUGAAAGGGUGUGCGGCGGUCAUGAAGCCGAUACUGAGAAAAAUUAGCAAAACAAACAAAGAAGCUGCUGAUGUUCUCAGAACAAAAGACUAAACACUCCAGAGUUCAAAUCUUAACAUCACUGCAUGUGUUUGGGAUCAUUUGGAAUGUGGCAAAGAAAGUGCAACCAACUUCUAAGACCGAACUUUGGCACUAUGGAGAAAUGUUCCUGCAGAUUUAUUGAAAAACUAAGAGAUUCUCCCAAAAAGAGCAAAAGCUAUAAUGAAGGCACGCUUAAUACUGAGGGGUGAAAAAAAUGAGUACUGUGCAGAAGUUUUUACCAUCUGACAGCAUUCAAGUUAAAAAGCCUUUUAUCGGAGCAUUUAUUUGCCAUAAAACGGGAAUAUUAUAAUGAAUACAAACACCAUUAAUACAAUGAACAAUGAUUUUAUGUAUGUAAAUGUGAUUAGUGGUUAAAUUAAAUGGUGCCUGUUUUGGCUAAUAAAUGGUUCAUUAUGGUAAAGUGUGCUGGUGAUGGAUUUUGAAAAAUCCAUGUCAUGGCUGUUGGAUGUCUGGAAGUAAACGUCUUCGAAACUAAGAGCAUAUCAACUACUUUUUUUUUUUCUUCAAAAUAAGUGAUUUUUGUUGCUUGUUAUUUGUUUAUUUGGAUUUCUUCUAAUGAUAAAUGGUGUUUUUUAUAAGCAAACACACUUCUUGCGAAGCUGAAUGGUUUCAGAUAAUGUGCCUUUAUGCCUAAGACUUUACACAGUACUGUAUAUAUUUAGAUUUUGAAGUUGUGUAAUUUGUCAAGUAUUUUUUUCUGCUCUUUGCUAACACUGAAAUAUAAGUGACUUGUGCUCAGUGGCCAUAUUGACUCAAAAAACAAUUUAUCAGUGGCUGAUUAUUUAACAUUAUCAUUAAAUCAUUAAAAUGUGCAGAGAAAGGAAUACUGCAGAACUAGGCUUGGGAGCCUGUAAAAAAAAUGGAAAGCAUUGGGUUCGAUUGGAACUGGACAUGACUGGGUAAUGGGACUGCUUUUGGGCUUUAUGCCGUCAUUCACCAAGAGUUUCCUAGCCGUUUAAGUCUAAGCUUACCUGGCAGGACAGUUUGCGUUUGCGGGUGGAGCUGCGAAAUCUGUUUGCACAAGUUUCUCCAUGUGUGAACCAAACAGGAUAUUCUUCCGUUUUAUCAGCGCAUACUGCACACCUCCAUUGAGAUCAGUAUUGCAGGGCAAACUGACUUGGUGCAUUGUUGUAGGACAUGGGUUAAAGCAGACAUUGAUGUUAAAGUGCCAUUCAGGCCUAACUAGAUACUUAGAAAGUUCCUAUUUGCUGUUUCUCCUCUAAAUAUGGGACAGUUCCAGUGGAACCGCUGUUGGCUGUGUCUUCAAGUCGUUCUUUCAGCAUUUGCCACUGUGUGCCUGAGCCAAGACAGCGCAGAUACAAUCAUGUUUUUAAACCCUCCUGAAGUGCCAGAGUCUGCUUACCCCAUCCAAGUCCAGUACUCAUGUAGAGAACCCUCAGUGGUCCACCUGCAGGGUUUAGUGUCUUUCAACACUGGAUCAACUUUAGUGAUCUUCCACAGAUGGUGGCGCUGCACGCCUGCCCCCCUCAGGAUCAAACUCAUAAUACUUCAUUUCCCUGACUGGCUGGUCUAUCACCCAGACUGGAGCAUACAAGAUUCCUCCUGGGUGCUCACAUGUCUUUUACGCGGCUUGGUGAGCAGGGGUGCGGCUGCUGAACCCGACAGGUCGUCCUUUGCCAGGACAUUGGUGCCCCUGAAUGUUCUGAGUCCACUCAGUCGCCCUUUCAAACAGCACUUGUUGUGCCUCAGAUGGGACACAGAGAUGCAUUGGAAAGUGUUCGGCGGUAGAUGGCAGUGCCCAAAAGAAAAUGAGGUCGCCACUCUGCUGUCCUCAUUAUAUGGAUCCACUGGGGAGCAUUUUGGCAUCACUAAAGCUCUAGAGCCUUACAGAAAUGCAAUGCUAGAAGGCCUGCGGCUCAAAGCGAUCUCAUAUCCUUGGUGUGCUUUCUCAGUGUGGGUAUUAUUAGAAGAGCCAUGCAGAGACCAUCUGUGUGGACUUUUACACCAUGUAGACUCUCAAGAGAACUAUGCCACACCCUCCUUGUUCCUGACAAGAUCAGGUCAGAUCCAUGUGCAGCUGCAGGGGGAGAAUGGCCUUUCCUCAGCGUUUCUCUCUUCAUUCACUCUGCCUUUAGGCUUGUGGUGCCUUAUCAGUCUGGAGCUGAAGGGCAGAAUGGGGAAUAUCACAGUGGCAUGCAUUGAUGGACAUGAAGAUCCACUUGUUUACUCUUCAGAACACAUAUUUAGUAUAGCAGUGAAGUUGGAUGAUACAGAUGGCUACUUUGUGGUUGGUGGAGGUAAAUUCGUAAAAGGACUUAAAGGGUUUUAUGGGCCCACCAUGUAUUACCGAUCAAGGAUUCCUUCACUUAACCUGCCAGAUCUCCAGGUUCCCCAACUAGUAAGAAUGGUUAAUGUAUCUGGAUGGUUCCAGACCUGUAAGGAGUUUAAAUUAGAAGUAGAUCACAAAAUAGCUGACUCUUGCCAUGCUGUGACUGCAAAGAGGGCAGAGAGUUGUAUUGAUGUAUACACAGCGCUGAUACUAAAAAAUUAUCCAGGAUCCACAAGGGUAGAAUGCAGCUCUUCUGAGCCCCUCAGCAAACCUCGGAGACGUAUGGUGGCUCAGAUGAUCAAGAUCCUGUGCGAUAAAUAUGGCACAGUUGAUCCAGCAGCUGUUGGCCGAGCUCUGUAUGCUGCUGUCCUGCGUAAGCUGAUCACGCAUGGCAGUGUGGAGGUGAUAAACAGGCUGAUGCCUCCUCUUUUACAAGCAGGAUGCUUAGGAGACAACAGAGCUCUUCAUCUCUCCUCUGCUUUCUACAGCAGUGGACUUGCUAAAAAGCAGCCCUUUAAGGCAUGGCAGCUGUCAUUGUUGGCAGCUCAGAAAGACUGGAGGCUGGCUCUCCUCCGUCUUGGACACCUGCACCAUGUUGGUGACCAGGUUGUGCCCCCAGACCAUGACCUCUCCUACGCCUAUUAUUCCAACAUCGCUAAGCAGACUUCAUCGGAUCGUCUCAGGCCCUCCUCAAAACAGACAUUUGUUGAGUCAAUAUUCCUGAACGAUGAGGAAACACUAAAGGCCCAAACCAAUGAGAAUGAUGAUAUAUUUCACUGGCUUAAACUACAGGCACGCAACGGGGUAGCAGACGCUGAGCAAGCAAUAGCCCGGAUGCUGUUCUGGGGGCAGCAGGGUGUGACUUCAGAUAUCCAGACAGCUGUGAGACACUAUGAGAGGGGGGCAACCAGACUGCAGGACCCUGUGUCCAUGUAUGACUAUGCCAUCGUCCUGCUCACGGGUCAAGGAGUUCCUCAGGAUGUGCCAAAAGCAGUCACCUUCUUGAAAAAAGCAAUGGAGCAGGGCUUUGCUCCAGCUAUCACUGCUUUGGGCUGGUACUACGAGCAGUUUGAGAGAAACUAUGAGCGGGCAGCAGAGCUUUGGGAACAGGCUGAUCUCCUGGGGAAUCCUGAUGCUGCCAUGAAUUUAGGAGUACUUCAUUUGCAAGGCCUCUAUCCUGGACAACCAGUUGACAAAGUUAAGGCUUAUAAGUAUUUCCUGAAGUCAGCCCAGAGAGGCCACUUAAAUGGAGGCAUUGAACUGGCUGAAAUUUGGAGUCUGGGGAUUCCUGGUUAUGUGGCACGUCAUCCAUCAGGUGCUGUUCUGUGGGCUAAAUGGGCAUCUGAACAGAAUGGAUAUCUUGGUACAGUCUUAAGGAAAGGCCUAAAGGCCUAUCUUAAAGGCAACUGGUUUAUGGCAAUGAUUUUUUACCUGAUGUCUGCUGAGUGUGGAUUGUCAGCAGCUCAGUUUAACAUGGCAUUCUUGUGUGAGCACAAUCAGGGAGGAUCAUUGAAUCCAGCAUUUGUGACACAGUGUAUGUUACGAUACUACAACCUUUCCAUUCAGAGCCAAGAUCCUGCUUCUUAUGCUUUGGUGAAAAUGGGUGACCUGUUCUAUGAGGAGCACACUCAGGGCAAAAGAGACCUUUCUGAUGCAGCUGAGAUGUACAAAGAAGCAGCACUCAGAAACGACCCACAGGGCUGGUACAGUCUGGGUCUGCUUGUUCAGGAAGGGGCGAGAUUACCAGCCACUCUGUUCUCUGAACUGAAUUUGCUGCAACAUUAUUUUUCAGAUAAGCUCACUAUUCUUACCACCCUGUACCAAAGAUGUCAAGACUCCAAUACUGAUGAGGCACACCUUCCCUGUACUCUUGCUCUGCUCGCUUCACAUUUACAAUCUAUACACACACUUGGAUGUUCUACUGUGAAGCUCCUGAGUGCUGUGGCAGUUGCUGUUGCUACUCUCUCCUUUUUCAGAAUCAUCCCUGCCAUUCUCCGCCAGAGGUCAGCAUCCAGUCAGCAGAACACGGCGCCCUCUGAUGCCCGCCAGCCAACAGAGCAGGAAGAGUCUUCAGGAGUGUGAGCAGCUCUUUAGUGUUUGUGCUCAGGUUUAUGACGAGCUUCCCGAGGGAUGUCAGAAUUUCAUCAUUACUUGAAAGAUCCGCUCAGUAUAUUUAGGAGUUUUGUAUAUUUUUAAUGAUUACUUAGGUUGCUGUGGCUUCAAAUUUCUCAGCUGGACAAGCUGAACAGUCUUUAAAAUUAAAAAGUGUUAAGCUCAGAAA